AAAAGAAUGUAUCAGAAUUUAGGUAGCGAAUUAGCCUGCUAUCUUGCCGUUUAAUUAUUUUCGGACUUCCUCAAUUACUGUAGUAGUUGGCCGCAGGUCUGUUUACGUGUACAUGCACGAAUAGUAUUGUCACCAUCAAAUUAGUAAACAAGUGCGUUUAAGUGAGCCUGUUUGCCAGCUGACUACUACCAACAGCAUUAGCUAAAACGUGAAUGUAAACUCUGGUUGGUUUGAAGGAGAUUAGGAGAUUUUAAAAUAAGGUUAGCAAACGACCUUAUUUUAACGCUGGUUAAUAAGCAGGGUAGUUUAGCACUAUGCUGCAAAAAUAUUGCUACCGUCAUGCUAAACAGUUCUCUACCUAGCAAGCUGUCUGCAACGUUAUCCGUCAUUUAAUAGUUAACGUACUGUUUUAAUUUCAGGUCGGCGUACUAUGGUUGUUCGUUUGUUGCCACUGUGGAUCCGUGGAAGUGUAGUUUGAAUUUGUGGUCCAUGCACCGUGUACCAGUGAGACUGAGAAGGCGUUCUUGAUGACUUACCGGGGGCGUCUGGGGGAGAUAUGGCGCGUGUCUGCGCGUACCCCAGUCGCAGGUCUCGCGCUUUCCGUGCUGACCACAGCGUUGUUAGCGUACUUGCUCUGUGUGUGCAUGUCGGACCACAAAACCAAAGUGAUCCGGAUAACGCUGGAAAACUUCAGCGGAGACGGUCUGGAAAGGGCACGCAGAAACGUAAGAACACCAGUCGCGGACAGGCAGCAGUUCCCCCCUCGCUCUGAACGGAAUAUAAAACGCUCCCCGGUGUCCCGCUUUGCACCGAGGGGGGAGUUAUGUCAGCGACCGCCAGAGGAACGCUUUGACUGCGCGCGGGACAGGUCGCUGAGCCGGACGGAAUGCGAGGCUCGCGGCUGCUGCUACGUCCCGCUGAAGGACGGCCUCUCUAACGGACCUCCGUGCUGCUUCUACCCACCGUCCUACCCUGGCUACAAAAUGGCACCCCUCUCUCCCAGUCCCCGUGGACAGGCUGCCACCCUAAAUCGACCCACACCCUCCUACCUUCCCCGGGAUAUUUCCACCCUCCAGUUGGAGGUCAUGGAGGAGUCAGAGGGUCGAUUGCACCUCACUCUGAAGGACCCUGCGCAUCCCAGGUAUGAGGUUCCGCUGUCCGUGGCCCCGCCCAGGAAGAGCCCCGAGGCGCAGGGUGCCCUCUACGGCGUCGAGUUUCAGCCAGACCCUUUCGGAUUCGUCGUGCGUCGCAAGUCCAACGGCCGCGUGCUGAUGAACACCACAGUGGCCCCCCUGCUCUUCGCUGACCAGUAUCUACAACUGUCCACCUCCCUGCCCUCCUCCCUACUGUCCGGCCUGGGGGAGCACUACACCCCCCUCACCCUGGACCUCAACUGGACCUCCCUCACGCUGUGGAACCAGGACAUGGCCCCCCACAGUGAUGCCAACCUGUACGGGUCCCACCCGUUCUACCUGGUGCAGGAAGGGGACGGCCAGGCUCACGGAGUCUUCCUCCUGAACAGCAACGCAAUGGAGGUAGUGCUCCAGCCCACCCCGGCCCUCACCUGGGUGUCCAUCGGAGGGGUUCUGGACCUCUACGUCUUAUUGGGGCCGGACCCACAGAGCGUAGUGCGGCAGUACCAUGAGGUCAUCGGGUAUCCCAUGAUGCCACCGUACUGGUCUCUGGGUUUCCACCUCUGCCGCUGGGGGUACCCCACCACCAACGCCACGCGAGCUGUAGCCCAGCGCAUGCACGAUGCCCAGUUUCCUCUGGAUGUGCAGUGGAACGACCUCGACUACGCGGACAAGCAGAGAGAUUUCACCUUCGACCCCCAGCGCUUCGGCGACCUUCCUGAAAUGGUGAAGGAGUUCCACCAAGCGGGGAUGAAGUAUGUCCUCAUACUGGAUCCAGGCAUCAGCAGUUCAAGUCCCCCUGGAUCCUACAGACCAUUUGAUGAAGGGUUACAGAGGGGCGUCUUCAUCAGGAACACCACCGGGCAGCCUCUUAUUGGGCAGGUGUGGCCGGGCCCCACCGCUUUCCCGGACUUCACCAAUCCCGAGACGCAGAGCUGGUGGCAGGAGAACAUCCAGGACUUCCACAGCAAAGUCCCCGUCGAUGGCCUGUGGAUCGACAUGAACGAGCCGGCCAGCUUUGUGCCGGGCUCUGUGGAGGGGUGUCCCGACACCGACCUGGAGAGCCCCCCCUAUGUUCCAGGUGUGAUCGGAGGCCACCUGAACUCUGGCACGCUGUGUAUGUCCAGCCAGCAGAACAUCUCCUCUCAUUACAACCUGCACAACCUCUAUGGGCUGACAGAGGCCAGCGCCACCUACAGCGCCCUGCUGAAGGUUCGGGGGUCCCGCCCCUUCGUUCUUUCCCGCUCGUCGUUCCCCGGACUGGGCCGCUUCUCUGCGCAUUGGACGGGAGACGUCCAGAGCGACUGGGAGCAGCUGCGCUACUCCGUCCCUGCCAUCCUGCUGUUUGGGCUGUACGGGGUGCCCCUGGUGGGGGCAGACGUCUGCGGGUUUGAGGGCAACACCACUGAGGAGCUGUGCGUGCGCUGGAUGCAGCUGGGGGCCUUCUACCCCUUCAUGAGGAACCACAACGACCGGCCCAACAUUCCCCAGGAGCCGUACGUGUUUGGGCAGCGGGCCCAGGACGCCAUGCGGGCCGCCCUCACCCUGCGCUACUCGCUCCUGCCCCUGCUCUACACGCUCCUCCACCACGCCCACGCCUCCGCCAGCACCGUGGCCCGGGCCCUCUUCCUGGAGUUCCCCUCUGAUCCUAACUGCCAGACGGUGGACCGGCAGUUUCUGUGGGGGAGUUCUUUGCUCAUCAGCCCCGUCCUGGAGCAGGGAUCAGUGGAGCUGGCCGCCUACCUCCCCCCGGGGACUUGGUACAGUCUGCAUGAUGGACAGCCUUUCCACAGCAGGGGGCAGUACCUCCUCCUGCCCGCCCCCCUGGACACCAUCAACGUCCACCUGAGGGGGGGCUACAUCGUCCCACAGCAGGAGCCGGCUUUGACGACCGUGGCGUCCCGCACCAACCCUUUCCUCCUGACGGUGGCGCUGUCCGCGGAGGGCUGGGCGCGGGGCGAGCUGUUCUGGGAUGACGGGGACAGCCCGGACACUUUCGAGAGGGGCGACUACUCCUUCCUAGUGUUCAUCGCGGGAGAGGCAACGCUUGUGAGCCAACCCUUGAAGACUAACAGGGCUCUAGAUGGACUGGUGCUGGGUGGGGUGCGCGUUUUUGGGGUGCCCUCCCCACCCCUGGACGUGUGGGUCAACGGCGAGAGGCUGAGGGACUUCUCCUACCGCUCCGACACCCAGGUUCUGACCGUAUCCGGCCUGGCUCUUCCAAUGUCCAAAAGUUUUACCAUCAACUGGAGGCUCUGACCCUGGAUCUCUGUCCCCGGUUCUGCUCCUGAGGCUCCUGCGCCCCCCCCAAACUCUCCUCCUCCUCCUCCUCCUCCUCCUCCUUCAGGGUCACGCCGCUCGAUGAAUGAUUUGCACUGCACUGUUUAAUGCUGCUUAUGUGAAGUGAUUUUACUGGGAUUGUUUUUAUUAUAUUGAUUUUUAUUUUUUAUUUUUUUUAAAAGAGCGACUGCUGUGGUGUGGUGUGGUGGGGACUCUUAAGCCGUGGUAGUGCCGGAU